AUGCAGUUUGCACCAGGCGAAGCACACGUUGAAGGUGUACGGCCACAACAGGGCAAUCAUCAGAUAACAAUACACACUGUACCACAACAAGCCAGAUAUCCAACGGAACCGGUUCAAGCUGCUCAACAAAAUUUCCCGGCCUCACAGUUUGCACCAGGCGAAGCACACGUUGAAGGUGUACGGCCACAACAGGGCAAUCAUCAGAUAACAAUACACACUGUACCACAACAAGCCAGAUAUCCAACGGAACCGGUUCAAGCUGCUCAACAAAAUUUCCCGGCCUCACAGCACAAACCGUAG